CUUCCCUUUCAUCGCGUGACUGCUUGUGCCAAACAGCUUAAACAACGGUAUCUUCAACAGACUUAUGGAUGGGGAACCUAGUGAAGCAUCAACGCCUCCAGUUGAUUGAUGUUCACUAAUUUUGGUGUAGUUUCUCCUUCCCAUGAGACCAUAUAAUAUAGGCCAUAGAAUCUGCAUUUUGGAGGAAGAUUAUAUUAUUGAAACAAGACAACCUCAAUUUUAUAAUUGUUCAGUUUGAAGAUUCGUACUGCACUCUUCUGGCAGUUUAUCUACUAACUAAAGAUCUCUAGACUGAGGAAUGGAAUCUAAUUCAUCUCAGCUUCGGAAAUGGAACACGAGAGAGAAAGCAAAAAAUAUGAUGUGGACAAAUGAAAUGGACCGUUGCCUCACAAAGGCUCUUGUACAGCAAGUGAAAAAAGGAAAUAAAAUAGAUAAAAGCUUAACAUCCACUGCAUAUACAGCUGCUGUUGCAGUAUUAAAUAAAAAAUUUGCACUUGAUUUGAACAAAGAGCACAUAAGGAAUCGGCUCAAAACAUGGAAGAAGCAAUAUGGUGUACUAAAGGAGCUCCUUGCUCAAAGUGGUUUUCAGUGGGAUGACAGACAAAAGAUGGUUGUUGCAAAUGAUUCUGUAUGGAAUGAAUACAUCAAGUCCAAUCCUGAUGCCAAGGCGCUUCGGUCGAGGUUCAUAGAAAAUUAUAAUGACUGGUGUAUGAUAUUGGGUGAUUAUCAGCCUACUGUGAGCUCUUACAGGACCAAAGUUGAAGUCGAUGUGGACUUGACUAUUGAUGACGAUGAGUAUGUAGACGAUGCUGAUAUGUUUCAGAUUUGCAAUGGCAGCUCAAAAGAGAAGGGUAAAAACCUGAUGUGGACAAAUGAAAUGGACUGUUGUCUCACCAAAACUUUGGUAGAUCUAAUGAAACAUAGUAACAGAAAAGACACUGUUCUGAAUAAUGCAGCAUAUACUACUGCUGCUACUUCUUUAAAUGAAAAUUUCGGGCUUGAUUUGAUGAGAGACCAUGUCAGGAAUCGGCUUAAAACCUGGAGGAAACAGUAUGGGGUUAUGAAGGAACUUCUUUCUCAGAGUGGGUUCGAGUGGGAUGAGAAACAAAAGAUGGUCAUUGCGAAGGAUUCUGUAUGGGAUGACUACAUCAAGACACAUCCUGAUGCCAAGGCCUUACGGGCAAGGUACAUUGAAAACUAUGAUGAAUUGUGCCUCAUCUUUGGCAAUGAUCAGUUAUCUGAAAGUUGUUACAGAAAUGGUAUGGAACUUGAUAUCUACUUGCCUGCUGAGAAUGAGGGUGUAGAGACUGUUGAUGCAUGUCAGACUCGGGUUGAUGACCCAAAGGAGAAAGGAAAGUACAUAGUUUGGACAAAUGAAAUGGAUCGUUGUCUCACCGAGAUAUUAGUAGAUCAAGUGAAAAAGGGGAACAAAAAAGAGAAAUUUCUAAACAACGUGGCAUAUCUAGCUGCUGUAAAAGCACUAAAUGAAAGAUUUUCUCUCAACUUGAGCAAGGACCAUGUGAGAAAUAGGCUUAAAACUUGGAAGAAGCAAUAUGGAAUGUUGAAGGAACUGCUCUCUCUGAGUGGGUUCCAGUGGGAUGAUGAACGAAAGAUGGUUGUUGCACAUGACUCUAUAUGGAAUGAGUACCUCAAGGAACAUCCAGAUGCAAGGGUUAUCCGAGGGAAACUCAUUGAGAACUACGACGAGUUAUGUGUUAUCUUUGGCAAUGAUCAGACAACCGGAAGUCAUUCGAGAAAUGGAGCCGACAAUGAGGAACGUGUCGAGGUUGCGGAUCAGUGUAUGUCAGUGGAUAAUGACAUCAACCCUGGUGACAUUGGUGAGGGCAUGGAAGAGUCAACCCAGCAGACUGGAGCUCAACCUGCUUCAUCAUCGCGCUCCAAAAGGCCCUUAAAGAAUAAACGUGCCAACGAUAUGCUAUUGGAAACCAUGAGUGCUAUGGCCACAAAUAUUGGAAGAAUAGCAGAUGCACUGGGGCAAAAUAGUAGAACCGUGAAUUUCGAUGAAUUGUUUGAUAUGGUUCAGAAGAUUCCAGGUUUCGACGAUGAUCUUAUUAUUGAAGCCUGUGAAUAUCUCUCCAUUGAUGAGAAGAAGGCUAUGAUGUUCUUAAAAUUAAAUGAGAGGCUAAGAAGAAUAUGGUUGUUAAAACGAUUACGCGGUCACAGUGAUUAGUAAGUAUACUUUGCACAGGUUCUAAUGUUAGAUUGUUUGGUCAUUGUUCAUGUGGAUGGUUUGUACAUAAGUUUUCCCCUCCAUCGCAAGGCCUUUACUAAAUGUGUUACUUAGAUCUUUCUUUUAAAGCUAUUGGUAUUCCUA